UGCGAGACGUGCGGCAAGACUUUCGCGGAGAAGCGCUUUCUGUUGAAGCACGCCAAGACGCACGAUACGGACCGGCCGUACACGUGCGCGUUCGAGGGGUGUGCCAUGGGCUUUCUGGACUCGUCCAAGCUGAAGCGGCACUGGCUCACGCACCCGGGGGUGGGCCACCUGCGA